CCAAAAUAUAACCUGAAGAACCUGCAACUUCACGCACCAGCAAGGUAAACAGACAGCUCCAAUGGCGUUCUCCUCCCUCUCCACCCCGUCCUCCUCGUCCCCCUCCUCGUCCUUCACCCUCCCCACCAAGCCCUCCCCGGGCGCAGGCUCCCUCUCCUUCGCCAGGGCGUCCGCGGGGAGGUUCAGGAUGGCGGCGGUGAGGGCGCAGGCGGAGGCGGUGGACACGUCCAUCAGCCCGCGAGUGAGCGCGCUGCGGCCGUCCAAGACCAUGGCCAUCACCGACAUGGCCAGCGCGCUGCGGCAGGCCGGGGUGCCCGUCAUCGGACUCGCCGCUGGGGAGCCCGACUUCGACACGCCGGCGGUGAUCGCGGAGGCUGGGAUAAAUGCAAUCAGGGAUGGGUCUACAAGGUACACACCUAAUGCAGGGACUAUGGAGCUGAGGAAAGCCAUCUGCAACAAGCUUCAGGAGGAGAAUGGUCUAACCUACAGCCCAGAUCAGGUGCUAGUGAGCAAUGGAGCUAAGCAGUGCAUUACACAAGCUGUUCUUGCUGUCUGCUCACCUGGUGAUGAGGUUUUGAUACCAGCACCAUUUUGGGUCAGCUAUCCUGAAAUGGCUAGGUUGGCUGGUGCAACACCAGUGAUCCUCCCGACAAGCAUAUCAGACAAUUUCCUGCUAAAGCCAGAGUCAUUUGCCUCAGUGAUCACUGAAAAAUCAAGGCUCUUGAUUCUAUGCUCUCCAUCUAAUCCAACAGGCUCUGUGUAUCCUAGGGAGCUGCUUGAGGAGAUUGCUGCUAUAGUCAAGAAGUAUCCUAGGCUCCUGGUUCUAUCUGAUGAGAUCUAUGAGCAUAUUAUCUAUCAUCCUGCUAAACACACAAGCUUUGCUGCAUUACCUGGAAUGUAUGACCGAACAUUAACUGUAAAUGGAUUUUCUAAGGCUUUUGCUAUGACUGGCUGGCGACUUGGAUACUUAGCUGCCCCUAAACAUUUUGUCUCAGCUUGUGGAAAGAUCCAAAGCCAGUACACAUCUGGUGCCAGUAGUAUAUCGCAGAAGGCAGGGCUUGCAGCCUUGAACCUUGGUUAUGCCGGCGGUGAAGCAGUUUCAGCCAUGGUCAAAGCAUUCCAGGAGCGCCGGGAUUACCUUGUAAGAAGUUUCAGGGAACUGCCAGGGGUAAAAAUAUCAGAACCUCAGGGUGCUUUCUAUUUGUUCCUCGACUUCAGCUCCUACUACGGAUCUGAGGUAGAGGGUUUUGGCACUAUCAAGGACUCUGAGACCCUCUGCAUGUUCCUGCUAGAGAAAGCACAGGUCGCGCUUGUCCCUGGAGAUGCAUUUGGAGAUGACAAGGGCAUUCGUAUCUCCUACGCUGCUGCACUGUCAACGCUACAAUCUGCGAUGGAGAAGAUAAAAGACGCAAUGGCUCUGCUCAAGGCCCCUGCCGCGGUUCAAUAAAAAAUAGCGUGCUGAAGGCAUCUUCGCCAGCAUUAUAUUAAAAGCAUGCCCAUUGGGAAAAUAGGAAAACAUGUCAUUGUUGUACAACAGAUAGUUCACCAUUUUCUUGGUUGCAAACUUGCGAGCGAUUUGCUUUGUUUCAAACUUUUCAUUUGGUGUAAUGUAAUUGUCUUUACCUGCAGGUCAGAAAUGAAAAUAAUAUGUUGCUUCGACAACCUAA